AUGAAGUUGCCGCACCUACAGAGGACGAGGAGAUCGAUCAAUUUGCAAGGGGCCAAGGUCGACUCGAACAACCCAGUACUCCGUGCUCAUUCUUUGCGGAUGGAUGGCGUUGUGGCUGAUGUGUCAGCGGCGAACCACGAACGACCGAUCGUGCUAUUUGGCAAGCGGCUAUUAACUAGUAACCAAGAGCACAAGUUUGCAACCUCCACCAACCCCAACACAUUGCCUUCCUACUCAACCGACGAAGACGCGAACAGGCACGGCCGCGUUGAUGCCUACUGCGGCUUAGAUGGCGGCAACAUGAAGAAGACGCUGGUCCUGUGCUUCAUCCACGGCUUCAAAGGAGGCGAGUCGACGUUUGGGGCCGACUACGCCUUCGCCGAGCACCUUCGGGGCGUCGUCGCGCAGAAGCUGCCGAAGCUCGAGGUGCGCCUGCUCGUGUACCCCAAGUACGAGACGCGAGGCGACUUGGGGCAAUGCGUGAGCCGAUUUCGAGACUGGCUAGAGGAAAAAGUCAUCGACUUGGAAGUGACCGCCGGCACGCCCUCGCCGACGGUCGAUCCCUCGGUCAGGACGGUGCUCGUUGGGCACUCGAUGGGCGGCAUCGUGGCGGCGGAGAUGGUCAUCGGCCUCGCCUCUGAGCAGCCCAUCUACUCGGAGGAUGGGGUGCAGAAGCCGGAGGCCGAGGCGAUGCCGACGCUCAACAAGCUCAUGUUCCCUUACGUCCAGGGCGUUCUGGCCUUUGACACGCCCUUCCUGGGCAUCUCGCCCGGCGUCGUCGCCCACAAUGCCGAGGGCACCUAUCAGAGCUACCAGUCGGCCGCUGCCACGUUUGCCCAGCUUGGCAGCCUCGGCGGCUCGCUCUGGGGCAGCGGCUCUGCCGGCAGCAGUGCAGCGAAAGCCGCAACGCCCUCGCCGUCGCCGUCGUCUUCGUGGGCAAGAUGGGGCAAGGCGGCCAUGUACGCAGGAGGAGCGGCGGCGGUCGCGGCAGGCUCGGCGGCCGCUUGGGUGAACCGCGACCAGAUCACGACGGGCCUUUCGUGGGCGUCGUCCCACCUCGAGUUCGUCGGAUGCCUCGCGCGCGCCGAGGAGCUCAAGAAGCGCGUCAGGUGCAUGGUGCGGCUCGGCGACGAGCUCGACGUCGGCUUCGCCAACCUCUACACACGCCUCGGUCGCGCCGUUCCGACCAAGCAGGCCGGCGUCGUCGGCACCGUUCUUGGCAGCAAGCGCACCUUUUGCAACCUACCCAAGUCGAUGGUCGCCGGCGAGUGGAGGGAGGCCGUCAACGACAAAGCGGCGGACGAGACGUCGGCACACAUGGCCAUGUUUGAGCCUCGAGAAAACCCCGGAUACGACCAGCUCUCUGACGACGCUGCAGCGUUUAUUGCGCAGUGGGUGCGUCGAGACUGGUACGAAAGCAGUUCAGACGUUGAGCCUCCAGUAGAAUAA